AGAAAGAAAAGAAAACCCAAAACUCAAAGUUUCAAAAAGUAAAACCUGAAUUUGCCACAUGCCGGAAACUACUGGUGAAGCCACAUGAAGUAAUAUAUAGCCAUUGCAUUAGAUAUUAUAAGUAAUCUAGACAGAAUUUAAGGUUUAUGGGAGGGAGGGUGUGUGUAGGUUCUUUGCAAACACUACACCAUUUUAUACUUGGGCAUCCAAGGAUUUGGGUAUCUGAGGGGGAUCCUGUAAACAAUCUCAUAUGGAUAUGGAGGGAUGAGUGUAGUAAUGGCUCCACAACUGGUGAAUGAUUGAAUGAUCUGAAUGUUUUGAAUUCAUCAUGUUUGCUAUUUUUCACAUUACAGGUAAAUAGAAAAUACAUUAAGAACUUAGUUAUUAGCAAGCUGCAGGGAAAUGGCCAAACCCUAAGUGCCCCAUAUGGACUUAAAAGUUAUCUGGAAUUUUGACACUGUGUAACCUUGCUACUUAAAGUGGCGGGAGCUGGCUAAUAAAAGGCAGACUCUGAGGCUCCACUCCAAAUCUGUCAAGUUAGAGAACCUACAUUUUAAACAAGUCCAGGUCAUUUGAAUGCACAUCGAAGUUUGGGAAGCUUUGUCAUGCUUUUUUAAAAAAAUACUGAACCAGAGAAAUAUUUCUUUAAAAUUGUAUCCUGUACUACUAUCAUUAAUGUAGGGUGUAAGAGAAAAGGAAGAGAGGAGGGAAGGGAGCGAGGGAGCACAUUCUUCUCUGCCUCUUAAUUUUGUAGCUAGUUGGAUGAUGCUUUCCACCUGCAUGGGAUUAAGAAAAGAAAAAGCCAGUAGGUGCUAGUUCCAAUAGUUACUCUCAGCAGGUAGCUGAGGAGAGAAAUGUAUUUGUCUUAAGGUUUUAGUUACUAAAGUUUCCUCUUUUUUGUGUUGUGGUAAGGGAUGGAGUGGAGACUAUCCUUCAUUGUCGACCAACACAUCUACCCCUUCUGUCCCUCCUUGGGGUUCUGCUGACUCCCCCUGGCCUGACAGUUGGUAGAGAGGGCUGGCAGGUGGAAGCCAGAAAUUCCCCCAGGUGCCUCAGUACACCCCUCCCCCACCCACACCUUUGCCCCGUUUGUCAGGAAAGUCAAGCAAUUAAUUGCCUAGCAGGAAUUGCCACUAAAUGUAAUUCUCUCAGAUGUAGUUGCGAGACUUAUUUGUCAGGGUUGAGAGGUUUUAGCCCACAAGCUGGAAUUUUUGACGUGGGAAUAAAAACUGGAUUCUGCUCUCUUUUUGUGAAGUUUCUGGAUAAAUGGCCCAACGAGAGAGUUUUGCAGGUUUUGGCAUAGCUCAACAAAAUAACUAUUACUGCUACUGGCAAAGUCUCCCAUCUGCUAUUAGAGUGAAGCAGGAGUUCCAGCCCAACCAGGGUUACCUCUAUGGCAACUGGUAUGCGCGACAGCACAGCUCAUACCUUCUUUCUGGCUACAGCUAUGGCUGUGCAGUGGAUGGAAAUGGACGGGACUGUUUUUCUGCGCAUGAGACUCCUGAACACACAGCUGGAACUCUGGUUAUGCCUAAGGAAACCACACCUCUAGCUGAAAACCAAGAUGAAGACCCACUAGAAGAUCCACAUCUUCAUUUGAAUAUUGAGGAAUCAAACCAAGAGUUUAUGGUGAAAAGUGAAGAACUCUACGACUCCCUCAUGAAUUGCCACUGGCAGCCUCUGGACACAGUUCACUCCGAAAUUCCGGAUGAGACCCCGAAGUGAAGCGAGGUGUUCAUUAAACUCUGCAAUUAUCAUACUAA